UCGGGCAGUAUAUCUCCGCUGAUUGCAACGAACACUUCGAUUGGAAAUGGAAUCGCACACCUUUGUCUUACUGCUACUAAUUGGCUGCCUGAUUGUUGGCUGUUGUGUGGCGGCUCCUCAGGGAUGUAAUGGCGGCUUCUACGCCCAAAACGGCAAUCUGGUGCUCGAUCUAAAAGAUAUACAAGGCCUGCUUAACUGUGUUAACAGGCAGCAUCAACAACACGGCUAAUCUUAAACUAAGUUCUAUUCCAAUUCAGUGUAUAAUGCAAAAACCCCGAAAAAUGCCUAAUAAAAUCAUCUAAACCAAA